UUUUUGGUUUCUAAAUCACAGCAAAAACUAUCCUCACACCUCAUGGGAUCUCCAACAACUGGGUUCUGUGUGAUCUUGUUUUUCUUGUUUUAUCAUCUUCCUUGUGCUCUAAGUAAACAAGACCCAAGUGGGUUAUGUGGAACUCCGUUUCAGUGUGGCAAUAUCACCGCUGGUUUCCCUUUCACGGGACAAAAUCGCAAUGCGUAUUGCGGUAACCCUUCUCUUGAACUUACCUGCAACAAAAGGUUCAACACAACCUCUCUUAUGAUCUCAGGCUACAACUACACUGUCCUCAAUAUGGACAACAAAUCCAACAUUCUUAGACUUUCAAGACAAGAUUUCUCAGGUUCUUUCUGCUCUGCUUCAUUCUCCUCCACACCUUUACCUUCAGAUCUCUUCCAGAUUUUACCAUCUUAUAAACCCCUCACCGUGUUCUACGCUUGUGACCCACGUCGUCAUUUCCCUGGGAAUUUCACAUGUCCAGUGGCAGUGACAGGUCUUGGCUCUUUGAUUCAAAACUCUACAUAUCAUAAACUUUGUGAUGAAAGUUUCACUGUCACGGUCCCUACGAGUUUCGUUUCAGAGGAAGAAACUCCGAAUUUAACCAAUUUGGAAAAUGUUUUGAGAAAAGGAUUUGAGGUGAAGUUGAAGAUGAUAAAUGAGAUAUUUUGUCAAGAAUGUUUAUCCUCAGGUGGAAGCUGUGGCUUCCAACUUUCCAUACAGGUUUGCUGCAAAAACGUGUCAGGAUCAAGAAUCAGCUGCCGUACUACAUCUUAUACAUCUGGUGGUACAAACAUCAAGAAUAGCUCCAUUCUGAUAAUAAUAAGUACAGUUGCAGGGUCAAUAUUAGCUUUAUUUGUGGUGAUGAUUCUAGCAUUCUUGUUAUGGGAGAGAAGGAAAAAAAAUGCUCUAAGAGAUCAGAACCUUGAUAUGUUAGUAACGCUGAGACGGUAUAGUUAUAAGGAAAUCAAGAAAAUUACAAAAAGUUUUACAGAAGUUGUUGGAAGAGGAGGAUUUGGAACUGUAUAUAAAGGGAAGUUACGUGAUGGUAGUAAAGUUGCGGUGAAAGUCUUGAAGGAUUCAAUGGGAAACUGUGAAGAUUUUAUUAACGAAGUGGCAAGCAUGAGCCAAACAUCUCAUGUUAAUAUUGUUUCUCUGCUUGGUUUCUGCUAUGAUGAAGGAUCCAAAAGAGCGAUUGUGUAUGAAUUUCUAGAGAAUGGUUCUCUUGAUCAGUUCAUAUCUAAGUCUGGGGAUUUAAAUGUGAGUACACUAUAUGGUAUCGCGCUAGGUGUUGCUAAGGGAAUUGAGUACUUGCACUACGGCUGCAAAACGAGGAUUGUGCAUUUCGACAUUAAACCUCAGAAUGUGUUGUUAGAUGAUAGUCUCAGACCCAAAGUUUCUGACUUUGGUCUUGCUAAGCUCUGUGAGAAGCAAGAAAGCAUCUUGUCAUUGCUUGACACAAGAGGAACGAUAGGAUACAUUGCUCCGGAGUUGUUUUCAAGAAUGUAUGGAAGUGUAUCUCACAAGUCGGAUGUGUACAGUUAUGGAAUGUUGGUUCUUGAGAUGAUUGGAGCAAGGAAUAAAGAAAGAGUCCAAAAUGGUGAAUCAAACAGCAGCUCAGUUUACUUUCCGGAUUGGAUUUACAAGGAUCUUGAAGUUGGAGAUUAUGCAAGACUUCUUGGCGAUGAACUAACCCGAGAGGAAGAAGAGAUCGCCAAAAAGAUGAUCUUGGUCGGUCUAUGGUGUAUACAGUUUUCCCCAUCAGAUCGUCCAUCAAUGAGCAAAGUCGUAGAGAUGAUAGAAGGAAGUUUGGAUUCUCUUAAAGCCCCUCCUAAUCCUAAGCCUCUUUUGCAUUUGCCAAUGCAAGAUCUUUCAGAGUCAUCUCGGCCAUCAGAGGAAAGCUCAAUUUACUCAGAAGUUUGAAUCCAUGAAUGUUGGAACCUAUAAAACA